AAUCGUAAAUUCGAAUCGGUGAACAAAAGACGAUCGUCCGGGUACGUUAGCGUUCGUUUCCGCCGGCGAACUGCGGCGAACUGCGCACCACUGGACACAACGAUACGACCACACACAAUUGCGGUGAUAUGUGAAACUUGAACCGGCGCGAACCUCAACAACUCAACAGCCUGUGCCCUGAGCUUGAACCAGCCAUAUAUUUUAAAAGAUUUCACCUCCAGCAGGGUUCGCUGUUGCACUAAUUAGCUCAGGAGAAUCGGAUCAUGAUUUCGCGAUCAGUCCACAGUCGUCCAGAUCGGGCAGUGUGUGUUCAGUUCAGUUUUGUUUAGUCUUCCAAGCGAAUGAGCUCCGGAUUCCAUACAUGCUACGCAAGCACAUUUUCGUAAGCCUUACGAACUACUGAAAUCGGUUACAGACAUUUGUUUUGUAUAAAUAAACUAUAAAAAAAUGAUGCCUAUUGAGACCAGUAUAACUUGUCCAUUCGACAAGACUCAUAACAUUUUAAAACACAAAAUGCAGACUCAUUUAUAUAAAUGUAAGAGAAAUUAUCCAGGACAGAAAGUUACAUGCGUCUUUGAUUCGAGUCAUUUGUUGGAUCCUGAAGAAUGGCAGCAUCAUUUUAUGACGUGCCCGAGCAGUGGCUGCAUAAAACGUCACGAAAUGAAUUUCGAACAACCACAGCAAGUGGGAACAGUUCCUUUAGAAGAAGUAUGUAGCAUUGCACCGGUUGUAGAGUCUGCCGAUACUGAUGAUUGGAAUGGAAGUUAUCCAUCGUAUGAUCCUGUGGCUCAAUCGGAGAAUAAAAGCGUAUUUAGAGUGCAAGUUGGCUUGUCAAAAGCGAAAAAGCGUGAAUAUAAAUACCAGGAAAGGGAAAGAUUAGACGCAUUAGAAAAAAAUGAAAUCGGAGAAUGCCGUGUCAGUACUUCAGAAGAAGCAGAAUCCGAUCCCUAUCAACCAAUACGGGGACUUAAAAACGUACCAGAAAUAGAUGACAAGGAUUUCAUUAACAAUCUUUUACUAAAACCAGUAAAUCGAUCUGCGCAGGAGUCUCAGGAGUUACCGAAAUCAAAGCAAGUUGGCAACGAAGGUUUCAAGAAACAACUUAUACAGAAACUGAGAAAUAUUGCUAUUAAAGACGAUAGUGACGAGAAAGAAAAUAACUCGAAUAACAGUACCAUGACGAGUACCGCUCACGAGGAUUGUUUAAAAAUUGAGAUCCCAGACGGAAGUGAAGUCUCCCUAAUGACACCAUGUACCGGAACAGGUGACGUUUCAAUAUCCGAAGAGGCUUGUAACCUCACAUGGGCUAGUUCGCAAUCUGGAAGAAGUUAUGCACCGAAACAUUCGAAGAAGCCCGGUCCUCGAAAACCACUUCCUAGACUCCCUCAGAAUUUUUCUGGAGAAAUCGGAAAGUUUACUAUUGGGAGAGGAUGUGUUUUACGAUCAGCUAAAUUACAAAAUCAAGGAUUGAACACAAAGGAGGACGACGAAAAGCAGAAGGAACUUUAUUCUCUCCGUGACUACGACGAAAAAGACGUUGAUACAGAUACAGAUGAAUGAUUUCUUCCUAUUGUACGUUAUCAUAGUUUACACUAUGUGUUAUAGCUACAUGUUGUACUUAGCAAGAAGAAUAGUAGGAUAUACAACAAUGAUGAUGAUUCUUCUAACAUUGACAGGAGAGAAGAUUGAAGACAUUUAAGUGAAGUAUCGUCUAAAAAGGAAUUUCUUAUUUCUUAUGACCUCUGUAACAUUCUUAGAUAAAAGAUAGACGCGUGAUAGACUCGUUUUUAAUUAAAUAUAUAAACUAUAUUUUUACUUUAUAUUUGUACAUGACUCACAGUUUUGUAAUUAACUUUAUUACGUUCUAAAUUUGUUAAUGAUAAAGAGACGAACAUUGAACAAAUACAGUGAUACUAUUAAUCAUUGCGUAUAUAGACGAUACAAUUUAUUUGAUGUUGCAUAUAGGAUGAAUUAAUAAAUGACAUUUUACGUA